AGAUUGUGAUGCUGGGGGUUUAGUCUUUGUUGCCAUUGUCAUAUUGUUUUUGUAUUGGUCAGUAUCCUGAUUGUUGGGAUGUUUUUCCCAUUGUUUGCCAAAAAAUUGUUUCUUUUUCAAGUCCUCCUAGAUCUACACAUUGUUUUGUAUUGAGCAGGAAUACCACAACUUGCAUGCUGUCUACAUGCUUGCCAACAUAAUUUUCCACUUAUUUCAGGCCUUCUUAACCAAACAUUGAAGACCUGUGCUUUCCACACCAACUGCUUUGGACUGCUGUAUAUGCAGCUGGGUGCAAGCCACCAUGGCAGAUAGUGGAGAUGAUGCUUCUCUUACUGCCUUGGAGCUCCAGGCACUUUCUGAACUGGACAGUCAGCAGUUCGGUUUCCUGAAAUUGAAUGAAGCUGAGAACUCGGCCAAGAAGUUGGUCGUCCAAAAGGCGAUCCGGAACCUGGAGCAGGUGCUGAUCCAGGCGCAGAAGCAGCGCGAGAAGAACCGCGAGGAGGACGAGGAGACGCCGCGCCAGAUCCACGUCGAUCCGCGCACCUACUGCAAGCUCGGCCACUUCCGGCUUCUGCUCGAGGACUAUGACAAGGCGCUGUCCGCCUACCAGAAAUACAAGAAGCUGAAUCCAAACCACUGGAAGGAUGCUCCGUUUCUUUAUGGCUACGGUCUUGUCUUGUACCAUUUCAACGCCUACAAAUGGGCUUUGCCGACUUUGCAACACGUGCUGUACGCCGACCCGGGCUUCGUCCACGCCAACGAGGUGCACCUGCGAAUCGGACUGAUCCACAAGGUGUGCGGCGAGUUCAAGGCGGCUUACAAACGCUUCCAGCUGGUGCUCAACGACUCCAACGAGUGCACGCUCUCCCGACACGAGAUCCUGUUCCACAUCGCGCACCUGUACGAGGUGGUCGGCCGGCCGCGCGCCGCCCGCCAGCGCUACGAGGCGCUGCUCGAGGAGGCCGGCCUCGCGCCGACGCUCAAGGACCACGUGUACCGCCAGCUUGGCUGGCUCUUCCACAGCGUCGAGGCGUUCGGCGAGAAGGCGCGUCGCGAGGCGCAGGCCGUCCAGUACCUGCAGCGGGCGCUGGAGUUCGCGCCCAAGUCAUCGCGCACGCUCUACCUGCUGGGCCGCUGCUACUCGAGCAUCGGCAAGGUGCACGAGGCGUUCCAGGCGUACAAGCAGUCGGUGGUCUGCAGCGAGGCCAACGCCGACACGUGGUGUUCCAUCGGGGUGCUGUACCAGCAGCACAGCCAGUAUAUGGACGCUCAGCAGGCGUACAUCUCGGCCGUGCAGCUGGACAAGACGCACCAGGCGGCCUGGACCAACCUGGGCCUGCUCUACGAGUCGGUGUCGCACCCGAAGGACGCGCUCGCGUGCUUCAUCAACGCCUCGGAGGACGACCCCAAGCUGCAGCCGCGCAUCAAGUUCCUCCAGCAGCAGCUGGCCAACGCGCCGCAGCCGGCCGUUAGCAGCAGGCCGUGCCGACUGCCGCCAAUAGAAGAGGCAUGGAAUAAGAACACCACCACCGAGAUGAGUCGAGAAACGCAGAAGCUGCAGCCCAGCCAGCAGGCUAAGAUGGCGCAACAGCGCGGGUUCUCGGCGCCGACCGUAUCACCGCCGCCGUACCCGGGCGGCCAAGCCGGUGGUGCCGCCAAACGGUUCAAGCCGGGCGAGCCGCUGGAGCCGGCCGCGAGCCCGGCCAUGGUGCAGCAGCGCCGCACGCCGCCGCCCUUCUACCUCAACCACCAGCAGCUGCAGCUGCUGCAGUACCUGCAGAGCCAGAGCCAACUCAGUCCGCAGCAGCAGAGCCAGCUGCACCAGCUGCAGCACCAGUACAGAUUGAUGCAGCAGCACCAGCAGCAGAUGCGUCUGCAGCAGCAGCAGCAGCAGCAACAGCAGCACUCGCCACGCUUCCCGCAGCCUCCGGGGCAGUCGCCGGUCCCCUACAGCCCGCAGCAGCCACAGACAGCGGCGGCGCCCCCGCCGCCUCCGCCGCCUCCGCCACCGCCGCCGCAGCAGCAGCAGCAGCCGGCCGGCUUCGUCAGCUUCGCCGGCAACGGCAGCGCCAUCGCCGGCAAGGACGUGGGCAACAUGAGCGAGCGCGAGCUGGCGCAGCUGCUGACGCAGAAGGACCUGGCCGCCAGCCUGGCCGAGGACCUGAUCAAGCAGUUCGCGCAGACCGGCGAUCUUGGCCUGGAGGCGCUCGCUGCUGCCGGCGACACCAAGCCGCUGCUGGACGGCCUGGAGUCAGCGCCGGAGCAGAAGCCGGCAACGGACGCGGCGGCGGCGGCGGCGGCCGUCGCCGAGGACGGCGAGCCGGCGCGCGCCAAGCCCCGGCAGUCGGCGCUCACACGCGCCGACCUCAAGGUGCGCGUGGAGCCGGCGCGCGCGCAGCCGGCCUUCCACAUCGAGAUGACGGCGGCGGACGUGAGCGAGGCGUGCGCCGGCCUGGGUGCGGCCGGCGUGGGUAACCUGAGCAUCAUGGAGGACGACGCGCCGCCGCCGACCGCCGCCACCGCGCCGCGCACCGUCCUGCGUCGCGACCAGCUGGUGCAGCAGACGCCGUCCGUGUUCGUCGAGAACAAGAAGGAGGCGUUCAGCCCGCAGAUGCAGGAGUUCUGCCUCAAGAACCCGAUCGCCGUGAUACGCGGCAUGGCGGCUGCACUGAAGCUCGACCUGGGCCUGUUCUCGACGAAGACCCUGGUGGAGGCGCACCCGGACCACGCCGUCGAGAUCCGGACACAGGUGUCCCAGUCGUCCGACGAGAACUGGGACCCGACGUUCACGCGCAAGGUCUGGGGCUGCAUGUCGUCGCGCAGCCACAUGACCACGGCCAAGUACGCCCAGUACCAGGCGGCCACGUUCACCGACAGUCUGCGGGAGGAGCAGGAGAACAAGACGACCACGCACCGCGACUCGGAUUCGGACUCACGCGACUCCUUCAGCAAGUACCAGCGACUCGGCAAGAAGCGCGGCCACAAGACCAUCAAGUUCGGCACCAACGUCGACCUCAGCGACGAGAAGAAGUGGCGGCCGCAGCUGCUGGAGCUGAUGAAGCUGCCCGCCUUCUGCCGGGUCGUGUCGGCGGGCAACAUGCUCAGCCACGUGGGCCAUCCGAUCCUGGGCAUGAACACCGUGCAGCUGUAUAUGAAGGUACCCGGCAGCAGAACGCCUGGCCACCAGGAGAACAACAACUUCUGCUCCAUCAACAUCAACAUCGGGCCCGGCGACUGCGAGUGGUUCGGCGUACCCGACGCCUACUGGGGUGUCAUCAACUCCCUCUGCGAAAAGAACAGCAUCUCAUACCUGCACGGCUCGUGGUGGCCGGACAUGGACGAGCUGCUGGACCACGGCGUGCCCGUGUACCGGUUCAUGCAGCGGCCCGGCGACCUGGUCUGGGUCAACACGGGCUGCGUGCACUGGGUGCAGGCGGCCGGCUGGUGCAACAACAUCGCCUGGAACGUGGGGCCGCUGACGGCACGCCAGCACCGGCUGGCCGUCGAGCGCUACGAGUGGAACAAGCUGCAGCGCUUCAAGAGCAUCGUGCCCGUGCAGCAUCUCAGCUGGAACCUGGCCCGCAACAUCCGCGUCUCCGACCCCAAACUGCACCGCAGCAUCAGGACGGUGCUGCUUAAGGGCCUGAAGCAGGUGAUCAUGAUGAUCGAGUUCGCCAAGUCGUGCGGCGUCGACAUCCGCUUCCACGGCCGGGGGAAGAACGAGAGCACGCACUACUGCGGCGUGUGCGAGCUGGAGGUGUUCAACCUGCUGUUCAUCAAGGAGCACGAAAAGCGCCACGUGGUGCACUGCGUGGACUGCGCGCGCCGGCACUCACCGCGCCUUGCUGGCUUCAUCUGCCUGGAGGAGUACAAGCUGCAGGAGCUGCAGGACGUGUACGACAGCUUCCAGCUGCAUGUGCCGCCGAUGGCGCCACCGGCGUGACCGGGCCGGCGGAGUCCCGAGGAGAGCGGCUCUGGCUUCGGCUCCGCCCCGCCGCCUGCCCGCCACUAGCAAUAUGACGUCUGCCCGUCAGCUCACUGCCAAUCAGCGGGGCCCGCGCGACGCGCGCCCCUCCCCCUCAAUACCACUGCCAUUAGCCGUCAACAGUCCACCAGAGUCUGCGAUGAUCUCCCGGUCUGCCAUGUCCCGAUCACGCCGUGUGAUAAUGGUUUAGAGUCACCGCCGGCCUGCUGGCCGCGGCUAGUAUCCAUGGCGGGCACGUUCCCAUUAUGUACAUGCGUGUAUAUAUGUAGAUGUAUAUGGGUGGAGAUUGUCACGUCAUUUGUAAGUAAGCAGAUAGUAUUUAUUUGACAUAUUCUCAUCGCCAUUGAGCAGGAUGUUGCCCGUGCCGCGAUCUCGAGGGUACCACAAAAUAACGCAUGUUUACGAUGAAAGACAUGGAUAGCGUGCAGCGUUUUUCACGCCAGAAUGUUUAUUCUGACCGUUUCUGUUGUGUGUUCGGUUUGUGAGAGCGGGAGAGCGCCUGUGCCGUCGCUGCUGGGAGCGCCUUACCACAAUGCCUGCCGAACGGCGGCCGGCGGGAGCCUUCAUUCAGUACACUCGGCGGGGUUGCACCGCUCUACCUCAGUCUGACGACGCUCCGCAGGCACCCUCGCCGCCGCCCCCUCUAGAAUAAAUAUAUACUUUGACUAUG